UCGACAUGAGGUCGUCAUUGCUGGCGCUGCUGGCGGUCUGCCUCGCGUCCGGACUUCACGCCCGCGUGUUGCAGAAGCAGCCCUUGUUCGGCGACGAGGAGCGGCUCAUCUCAGAGGCCGAGGAGCAGUGCGCCGCCCUGCUGCCCGCGCAAACCGCAGAUUCAUGUCUUGGAAGAAGUUUCAACAUCACGGAAGAAUGCAAGUGCUACUGGUCGUGCUUUUGGAAGAAAUUCAAGUUUGAGCGCGAGGACGGGUCCAUCGACAGGGACCUGGUGAUGGAGUUCAUCGGCAGCUACGCGCAGUCGCCCGGUGACGUCAUGAGCUCGCGCGUUGAGCGCACCGUGGACGCCUGCGUGGCGGAGUCGACGGCGGGCUGCGGCCGGGUGAAGCAGAUCCUGGAGUGCGUGGGCGACAGCUACGGCGCCGGCGAUGACAGCGGCUCGGAGGACGACUACGGCGUGUCCUAGACCCGGGGCGCCCCACCGCCCACCCUGCCUCGCUGCUCGUCCAAGCCAGCGGCAUUACAACGGACACACGCAGACUAACGAGGAGAUAUCGAUUAUAUUUGUUUUUGAAUUCAACCGAACACGGUACUGUGUGUGAUUUAACAAGUGCAAGUAAACUAUUUACAU